AUGGAUGACACCGAUAAGCCUGAUCCCUUCCUCCAGCAGGUGCCUUUACUAAAAAAUCCGGCUUUCCAGCCCCCCAAACCCGUGUCUCUCAAUACCAACUAUGCCAAGUUGAUCCCCAACCUACCCAACAGCGUGGUGCCGCCCAAAUUGAACAUAACGGAAGCUGACGUUGAGUCUUGGGGUAAGGAAAUCGAGGAUUUCAAAAAGGACCACUUUGACACAGAAGCAGAGAAAGCGGCUGUUAAGAAGUACCAGGAUUGGCUCAAAAGCGUACAGAGGAAGGUCGCUCCAGGCUUCAGCAAUCAGAUCAUGACUCCGACUAGUGCUGGUAACCAGAAGGAGAAGCAGGAUAAGGAUGAUAAGAAAUCAGAGACUGGAGAGCUGAAAGCAGAGCCCGACAAGUCAGGGAUCAACGAGGACCUCAGGAACCUCUCCAUGGAUUAG